CGAACCCGUUCUCCCCGCGCAAGUCGCAACCCUACAAGGCCGCAACCUCUCUCGCUCUUUCUCUCAUGGCUCUGCUCAUCUGAAUCCAUGGCGGCCUCUCUCCUUCUCCGAUCCCUCGUCUCCUCUCGCUUCUCCAUCUCUCGUCUUGUCCCUCUCCUCUCCUCCCUGCGCAUCCUUCCCCUCUUAUCCCCUUCUUCUUCUCCGAUCCCAAUCCCUCUCCUUUGCCCCCAACCCUACUUCUUCUCCUCCUCCUCCUCCUCCUUCUGCUCCUCUCCUUCAAUCCAAGACCCUAAUCUCCACUAUUUUCACUCUGGCGAUGGUAUCUACUCCCACCUUCGCGCCCUCGAUGAUGGCUCCGCGCAGGUGACGCGCUCUGAGUGGGAAGCCCUGACGAAAACCUUACGUGCUUUCGCGAAGUCUCCAUGGGCCGCCGACCAAGCUCUGGCCAUCUAUAUCCCUGCCUCUUUCUUCCCCUCAGCUGCGCGUAAGUUCCGCUACUUCCUCCUCUCUCGCGUCCCCGGUGAUCUCCUCCACCACCUGCUCUCCUUCCCUCCUGAUGAUCCCGACUCUGCUGCCAAAUUCCUCUUUCCCAUCUUCGCUGACUUCUGCCUCGACCGCUUCGCGGACGAGCUUCGCCAGUUCCGUAGUCUGAUGGACUCUGCGGACCUUACUCGCCCCCACACUUGGUUCCCCUUCGCCCGGGUCAUGAAGCGGAAGAUCAUUUACCAUUGCGGCCCGACCAACAGUGGCAAGACCUACAAUGCUUUGCAGCGCUUCAUGGAGGCUGGCAAUGGCGUUUAUUGCAGCCCGUUGAGGUUGCUCGCUAUGGAGGUAUUUGAUAAGGUUAAUGCUUUAGGUGUGUAUUGUAAUUUGCAUACCGGGCAGGAGAAGAAGACGUUGCCUUUUUCGAAUCAUAUUGCAUGUACUAUUGAAAUGGUUUCCACGGAUGAUCUUUUUGAUGUUGCUGUCAUUGAUGAGAUUCAAAUGAUGGCUGAUCCUACCCGUGGGUAUGCUUGGACUAGAGCUUUGCUUGGCUUGAAAGCUGAUGAGAUUCAUUUGUGUGGCGACCCAAGUGUGCUUAAGAUUGUCAAGAAGAUUUGCAAGGAGACUGGGGAUGAACUCCAGGUGAACCAUUAUGCUAGGUUUAAGCCUUUGGUUGUGGAAGCAAAGACACUCUUGGGUGAUUUGAAGAAUGUGCGGUCGGGGGAUUGCAUUGUGGCAUUCUCAAGACGGGAGAUUUUUGAGGUUAAACUAUCAAUUGAGAAGUUCACAAAGCAUAAGUGUUGUGUUAUUUAUGGGGCAUUGCCACCAGAGACUAGGAGGCACCAGGCUGAAUUGUUUAAUGAUCAGGAAAAUGAGUAUGAUGUGUUGGUGGCUAGUGAUGCCAUUGGAAUGGGUUUGAAUUUGAAUAUCAGGAGGGUUGUGUUUAAUACUUUGUCAAAGUAUAAUGGGGAUAAGAUUGUGCCAGUUGCAGCUUCGCAGGUGAAGCAGAUAGCUGGGAGGGCAGGAAGGAGGGGCAGCAUAUACCCGGAUGGGCUUGUGACUACCUUCUUGUCAGAAGAUUUGGAUUAUCUGAUCGAAUGCUUGCAGCAGCCAUUUGAUGAGGUUAAAAAAGUUGGUCUAUUUCCAUUCUUUGAGCAAGUGGAGUUGUUUGCUGCUAAGUUCCCUAAAGUUACAUUCUGUGAGCUGCUUGACAAGUUCAGAGAUAAUUGCCGCCUUGAUGGUUCCUAUUUCUUGUGCCGGCACGAUGGUGUUAAUAAAGUGGCUAAUAUGUUGGAGAAGGUGCAAGGGUUGUCUCUUCAAGAACGGUUCAACUUCUGUUUUGCGCCUGUCAACAUUAGGGAUCCAAAAGCAAUGUACCACCUUUUGCGAUUUGCUUCCCACUACAGUGAGAAGCGUCCUGUUGGUAUAGCCAUGGGGAUGCCAAAGGGUUCUGCUAAGAAUGAUGCGGAGCUUCUGGAUCUUGAGACAAAGCAUCAAAUCCUGUCUAUGUACUUAUGGUUAUCACACCACUUUAAGGAGGAGACAUUUCCGUAUGUUCAGAAAGCUGAGACAAUGGCAAUUAGUAUUGCAAGUUUGCUUGGUGAAUCUUUAGCAAAAGCUUGCUGGAAACCAGAAUCUAGGCAAAAGGGGAAGCCAAAACCUCUGAAAGAGGUUGAUGAUGAUCAUGGGGAAAUAUCUGCGCCUGAAGAUGGAUUUGAGAGACCUAGGUCACUCAUUAACAUAUUUGAAAUGAAAAGGCAAGAAAAUUCCAGUCUGAAGCACCCUUUGGGAAAGGCUCCAGCAUGACUCUGACCAAUGGUUUCUUUUUUUCCAACUAUAUGCUAAUAGUAAAUGGAGUUUUUCUUGGAUUACCUGCCACGAUCUUAUAGUGCAAAUGCUAAGGCUAUUUGGUCAACCCUCUUGUUUUAUUUGUAGAAUUUGGAAGCUGCUGGAUAUCCUGACUGCAAUAACUUGUGGCUGCUGUUAGGGUUAAGUGACAAUACUUAAAGAUUUUAGACUAGUUAGAAAUAAACUGUGAGAUAUUAUCUGUUGUAAUAUAAGAGCUGAAAAUGCGAAAAUCAUUAGAAAAUUUUGCUUUGUUUCAUCAAA